AUGCUUCCUGUUUCCUACCAACUUUUUUUUCAUUCACCCUUUUAUCCGUUCUUUAUUUAUUUAUUUCUUCUUCCUUUUCAUUUAUUUCCUUCUUUAUUUCUUUAUUUCUUUCCUUCUGUUUUUCAUUCGAAUAUUUUUCUUUUCCUUUUUCUUUCCUAUUUAUUUUCAAUAAAAUCUUUAUUUCCCUUUUUCUUCCGAUGUAAAUCUUUCUUUGUCUAUUUCCUUCGUAAAUCUUUAAUAUUUUCCUUCUUUCUUAUCGUAUGUUUUUUUUUUUCCUUGCUUCUUAAUUGUUUUGAUUAUUUCCUUCUUCAAUUUUGCCUUUUCUUUUCCGUAUCACCUUCUUUUUUUUUUUUACUUUCGUUUUUUGAAUUAUUUCCUACUUCUUUGUUCUUUUUAUUUCUUUUUCGUUCCUCCAUUUCCUUCUUUAUUUUCUAUUCAUUUUCCUUAUUUCUUUCUUGUUUCGAUCCUUCUUUUUCAUUUCAUUGUUACUUGUUUUUCCCUUUCUUUUUUCUUUACGAUUUUUUCUUUUAUUUUUUUUCUUUCUUUUCGUUUUCACUUCCAAUCCAUCAUUUCGCUUUACUUCUUCUUUCCAUUUUCAUUUCUUUCGUUCAUUUUUCAUUUUAUUCCCUUCUAUUUUAUUCUAGUCAUUCAUUUUCUUUUUCUUUUUUUUUAUUUCCUUCAUGCAUUUCCUUUCAUUCCUUCUUCCGUUAUAUUCUUUUUUUUAGCGUGCUUUUAAAUUCUUUUGAUGCUUUUUCUUUCUUUUUCUCUUCCUUGUUUUUAAAAUUUAUUUUCUUUUUAAUCUCCUUUCUUUUUACCUCUUUCUUUAUAUAUUUUGCAUUCUUUUCCUUUUUUCAUUUUUUCAUUAUUAAUAUCCUUCCUUUCGCUUUUCAUUUUUGGCAUCGUUAUUAUGAUUUUAUCUUUCUUUCUUUCAUCUUUAAAUAUCUAUCUAUCUAUCUAUCUAUCUAUCCAUCUAUCUCUCUAUCUAUCUGUUCUCUCUGUCUCUGUCUCUGUCUCUGUCUCUGUCUCUCUCUUUCUCUCUCUCUCUCUUUUUCUCUCUCUCUCUCUCUCUUCUCUCUCUCUCUCUCUCUCUCUCUCUCUCUCUCUCUCUGA